CAGGUGCACGCCGGCUGCGGGGAGCACAAAGCGGGGCGCACCGAGGGCGCCGGCAGCGAGCCGGAGAGCUAGGCGAGGCCCGUGCGCCCGCGCCUGCAGCGCCCUCCGCGUGGGGAGAGGGGCUGGUGGCGUUAGCCCAGGCGGCGGCAUCCGCGCGGUGGCAUCCCUAGUUGCCCCGGGCGCCUUCUUCGGGACCUGGCCUCUCUCUGCCUCGCCCUCUGCACCCCACUUCUCCUGCCCUCCUUCCCAAUCCUGCCUGCUUCUGCCCCGACCCCCGAGAGUCGGAUUGAGCCCAGGCCCGCGCAGCAGCUGUUGUUGCUCGUGUCGUUGCCUCGCCUCCUGUCUUGGUGCUCUGCUGGGAGCCCCCCAAGGAGCCAGUACGCGCUGCGGGUUGGGAGGGAGGCGCCGCUCAGCCGGCAGUCCUCCUCCUCCUCCUCCUGCUGCCGCGGCGGGUCCGUGCGCACCCCACAACCCCGCCAGCCGGGCCUCGGGCCCCCCUCCCCAAAAUACCCCACAGGGAUGGGGGAGAGUAAUAGUUUGGAAUGAAGGCGAGGCAGAAAUGGGCAAAAGGCAGUGACAGGAGGCGAGCCCGCUGAAUUUCAGGGACCAGCGCGGGGGAGGGUGUCGCCCGGCGAUCCACAGGAAGGAGGACUGCUGGGAUGUGAACGGGAUUACUCUGAAUGGAAACAAAAAGAGGACUAAAUUUGUGGAGGCAAUGAUAUUUGGAAAAUUAUUGCUCUCUGAGGCACAUCUCCAGACUUUGAUUUGGCUGAAGUAACUUCUACCACAGAGCUGUGGGCAUGCCUGGGAUUGAGAAACACAGUUAAAAGACUCCCAGUUGCUUCUUGCCUUUUGAAAACUUCUGAAAACCAUCCCUUCAGACCCCAGAAUUGUACCCAUCUCAACCAAGACUUUGCUUGAAUGUUUACAUUUUCUGCUUCCUAUUCUACCUAUCACUAUUUAGCAUUCACCUUUUGUUAAAAUUUAGGAGUAUCAGGAUUGAGCUUGCUCAGCAAGCCAGCAUGGCUAGAAUGAGCUUUGUGUUAGCAGCUUGCCAAUUGGUGCUGGGCUUGCUAAUGACUUCAUUAACUGGGUACUCCCUACAAAAUAGUGAGUGUCCACAACUUUGCGUAUGUGAAAUUAGGCCCUGGUUCACCCCGCAAUCCACAUACAGAGAAGCCACCACUGUUGAUUGCAAUGAUCUCCGCUUAACAAGGAUUCCCAGCAACCUUUCUAGUGAUACUCAAGUGCUUCUCUUACAGAGCAAUAACAUUGCAAAGACCGUGGAUGAGCUCCAGCAGCUUUUCAACUUGACUGAGCUAGAUUUCUCCCAAAACAACUUCACAAAUAUUAAGGAGGUCGGGCUAGCAAACCUGACCCAGCUCACUACUCUACAUUUGGAGGAAAAUCAGAUUACGGAAAUGACUGAUUACUGUCUGCAGGACCUCAGCAACCUUCAAGAACUCUAUAUCAACCAUAACCAGAUUAGCACUAUUUCUGCUAAUGCUUUUUCAGGCUUAAAAAAUCUUUUAAGGCUCCACUUGAACUCCAAUAAAUUGAAAAUUAUUGAUAGCCGCUGGUUUGAUUCAACACCCAACCUGGAAAUUCUCAUGAUUGGGGAAAACCCUGUGAUUGGAAUUCUGGAUAUGAACUUUAAACCCCUCUCAAAUUUGAGAAGCCUGGUUUUGGCAGGAAUGUAUCUCACUGAUAUUCCUGGAAAUGCCUUGGUGGGCUUGGAUAGCCUUGAAAGCCUGUCUUUUUAUGAUAACAAACUGGUCAAGGUCCCCCAACUUGCCCUGCAAAAGGUUCCAAAUUUAAAAUUCUUAGACCUCAACAAAAACCCCAUCCACAAAAUCCAAGAAGGGGACUUCAAAAAUAUGCUUCGGCUAAAAGAACUAGGAAUCAACAAUAUGGGGGAACUUGUUUCUGUGGAUCGCUAUGCCCUUGAUAACUUGCCUGAACUCACAAAGUUAGAAGCCACCAAUAACCCCAAAUUAUCUUAUAUCCACCGCUUGGCUUUUCGAAGUGUUCCUGCCCUGGAAAGCUUGAUGUUGAACAACAAUGCCUUGAAUGCUGUUUACCAAAAGACAGUAGAAUCCCUUCCCAAUCUUCGUGAGAUCAGUAUCCAUAGCAACCCCCUGAGGUGUGACUGUGUCAUCCACUGGAUUAACUCCAACAAAACAAACAUCCGCUUCAUGGAGCCUUUGUCCAUGUUCUGUGCCAUGCCACCUGAAUAUAGAGGGCAGCAGGUAAAGGAAGUUUUAAUCCAAGAUUCAAGUGAACAGUGCCUCCCAAUGAUAGCUCAUGACACAUUCCCAAAUCAUUUAAACAUGGAUAUUGGCACAACAGUUUUCCUAGAUUGUCGGGCCAUGGCUGAGCCAGAACCCGAAAUUUAUUGGGUCACUCCUCUUGGAAAUAAGAUAACUGUGGAUACACUUUCAGAUAAAUACAAGCUAAGUAGCGAAGGUACUUUAGAAAUAUCUAACAUACAAGUUGAAGACUCAGGAAGAUAUACUUGUGUCGCCCAGAAUGUUGAAGGGGCUGACACACGUGUAGUGACAAUUAAGGUUAAUGGAACCCUUCUGGAUGGUACCCAGGUGCUGAAAAUAUAUGUCAAGCAGACAGAAUCUCAUUCCAUCUUAGUGUCCUGGAAAGUCAAUUCCAAUGUCAUGACAUCAAACUUAAAAUGGUCAUCUGCCACCAUGAAGAUUGACAAUCCUCACAUAACCUAUACUGCCAGGGUCCCGGUAGAUGUUCAUGAGUACAACCUAACACAUCUGCAGCCUUCUACAGAUUAUGAAGUGUGUCUCACAGUGUCUAAUAUUCAUCAGCAGACUCAGAAGUCAUGUGUGAAUGUCACAACUAAAAAUGCCGCCUUUGCACUGGACAUUUCUGAUCAAGAAACAAGUACAGCCCUUGCUGCAGUAAUGGGGUCCAUGUUUGCCGUCAUUAGCCUUGCAUCUAUUGCUGUGUACAUUGCCAAAAGGUUUAAGAGAAAAAACUACCACCACUCAUUAAAAAAGUAUAUGCAAAAAACUUCUUCAAUCCCACUAAAUGAGCUGUACCCACCACUCAUUAAUCUCUGGGAGGGUGACAGUGAGAAAGACAAAGAUGGUUCUGCAGACACCAAGCCAACCCAGGUUGACACAUCCAGAAGCUAUUACAUGUGGUAACUCAGUGGAUAUUUUGCUUCUGGUAGUAAGGAGCACAAAGACGUUUUUGCUUUAUUCUGCAAAAGUAACAAGUUGAAGACUUUUGUAUUUUUGACUUUGCUAGUUUGUGGCAGAGUGGAGAGGACGGGUGGAUAUUUCAAAUUUUUUUAGUAUAGCGUAUCGCAAGGGUUUGACACGGCUGGCAGCAUCUCUAGGCUUCCAGUUUGUGUUUGGUUUUUAUUCUUAUCAUUAUUAUGAUUAUUAUUAUAUUAUUAUUAUAUUAUUAUUAUUAUUAUUUUGUUUUAGUUGUUGUGCUAAACUCAAUAAUGCUGUUCUAACUACAAUGCUCAAUAAAAUGAUUAAUGACAGGUUGGGGUUCCCUGUGCUUUUACCAAUAGCAUGACCCCUUCUGAAGCCAUCAGUAGAAAGUAUAAAGUCCUCCAAAAAGCUAACACAGUUGUGAAGCAGCAUUGAACAUUUUGUAGCAAUCUGGUCUACAGACUUUUUAACUCAAGAAGCUAAGGCUAGACUUGUUACCUUCGUUGAAUGAUGUUAGUUGACUGUACUGUAAUGUUGUAUCAACUGAAUUGAAUGUUUGCCUUUGAACAAUGACUUUUCCUUUUUGUAAUAGUUAAAGAGGCUUAGAACAAGCUAACAGGCAAUAGAAAUAUGUAUAUCAGAUUUUUUAUGUAACAAUCUACAUGUUAAUUGUUACCUUAUUCUUUUUAUCUUUAGUAGACACUUUUAAAAGAAAAGACAAUUUUGUUGUGUUUAACUCACCAACAUGUGGUGUAUAAUGAAGACAGAACUAUAAUAAAUUAGUUUUGUUCUGAUUUUUUUAGAACACUUGCAAUAAUGUAUCAUUUAUAGUUCUUGCUAGUGGCAGUGGUGAUUAUUUUUCACAUCCCUAAUACAAACAACCAAAAUAAAUCAACUAUAGUGUGAUGCUUUUUAAAACUAGGCCCUAAAAGUUUUGAAUUCUUUUUCUAAGGGAAGAAAUAUCUAUUUUAGUGAAGAUAUUUUAAUGAAAAGGAUUUCUAUAUCUUGAAUAUUACUGAUCAGAACUAAUGGAGGGAAGCAUUCUUAUGAACAAAAAGUCAUAUUACUGUAUCCCAUACGUAACUAAACGUGAUUUGAAAAACUAGAGACAUACACAUUGAUGAAGUGAUAGAUAUGUCACAUUUUUUUCUGUAAGGGUUUUGUUAAAAUCCAAAUUUUUUUACUGUUUUCCAUGCUCUCCAUCAAAGUCUAAAAUAUGCAGCUAUGCAGUAUUUCAAAGUGUAUUACAUGCUAUUCCUUUUUUCAUGGCUAUCUAUAUGCUUAGACCCAUAUUAAAACCCAUAUAUCCAGUGGAAAAAUCUGCUGAGACAAGUAAAUGAUUACUAGAAAACAGAACAAUUUCUGUACAUUUGGCAUUUUUCAGCCAACUAACAUAGACAGUUUGGCAGAAUUAAGUGUUUCUGGAAAACGUGUGUGUGAAAUGUAGGACAGAAAAAGCUAGAUUUAGGUAAAAGGUCAGUUCCACAAAGUGUGUGUGUUGGAGGCGGGGGAGGGGGGCGGGAAUUGAAGGUAUAGUUAGAGAAAGAAACCAUUUGAGAAUGCAGAUUAAUAAUGCAGAGAAAUAAAGAGAAGCUUCUCCAGAUGGCACCUGCUUCCAGGACACGCCAUCACACCAGGAAUGAUAAGAUUGUAAAAAGGGACAGAGAGCCAGCAGGUGCCAGCUGAGCAAAAGCAAGAAGAAGGGAGCAGAAAAAUAAACGCAAGUGAAGCAAGCUGAAAGGAUUUCUUUCUUUGUACCAUUCCUUGUUUCAUGAAUCAUUUAGAAAAAAAGAUCAUCAUUUUUUUUCCCCAUUUCUAAAGGAGGGGGGGAUUUUUUCAUAUGCUGUAGCAAGUGAGCUGUAGCAGAAAAACGAGUGUCUGAGCUACAAGCAUCUCUUCCCACGGCCUUUGCUUCUUGGUGAGAAAAAUCUAUGCCCACAGAACUGUAACUUGCCCUGGUCAGACUCUCCUGCCCCCCUGAGAACUCUACUGCUCUGGGUCCAGCAGCUUUCCAGAUUCCUCUGCAGAGCUCAUCGCUUACAGUUCUCAACAACCUCUGGUGCUAUAUGGCUUCAAAAAUGCACUAUAUCCUCAAGUUCUCAUUUACUCAGGACAAAAUUCAGCACAAGGGCAGAACGAGGAGGUCCAGAAAGCUUCUACAUUGUUGUUAUUACCAAGUACACGUAGGAGACAGAGAAGUGAAAUUGCUGGGGAUGCAACCAAAGUUGGGGAGUUUCCUGUUGGGGGAAUCUUGUUUUCAAAUAUCUAUAGAGAGUAGUACACCAUCUAACAAAUUCUCCGUUACUUCUGCAAACAAUGAAGGGAGAGGCACUAAAGCAUUAGGCCUAGAGCAGGGAGGAAAGAGGAGGCAUAAUUGGUCCUAUAAAGCAAUGAUUUGAACCUGGCACGUAAUCAGCACUCAAAUAUUAGUGGAAUAUAUGAAGGAAAACAACCAUCUCUCUACUCUGAAUAUAUACCAAGCACCAGGGAAUCCAAGUGUUUUGGUCAACUAUGUUUUGCCAGGCCAGUUUGGGGGAAAUAAUCCCUUUUAACUUUUCCUCCUCCAAUAAAAUAUUUUUGAGCUUAUUUUUCCUUGUCUGUGCUAAUUGGGUUGGUUUUCAGAUGAGAAAAAGCAAAAUGGCAUGGUACUUUUUUCCCUAGCCAAGUAUUUCUUCAUUUGUGCUUAAUUUAAUUUGAUAAGUUAGACAGCCGGUGAAAUUAGGCAUCCAAGUAGUUCCUAAUUGAUAAUGGAGGUUAUAUCACCUCCAGUGAAGUGACUAUUACAGGUCACUUUCUAAUUUCAUAUUUUCCUUUUUGCUUCCUGUUGCCCUCAGGACAUUUAAUAUAUCUCUAACCUGAUUUUACAAGGUUAUUUUUGGAGUUUCUUAAAACAGACAUUCUCAAAUUUGCCUGUUUAAUUAAUGACAAAUGGAACUGAUGCCAUGAAUAUAAAAACAAAUGCAAUGUUUGAAUAUCAGUUUUUCUAAUUUGGCUGUGUGUUUAGCAAAAAGGAAUCCUCUCCAUCCAUUUUUUAGCAAAAUGAAUACUACCAAGGUCCAUUAUUUUCUCACGUGGUUUUCUAUUCAUUUAUUCAUUUGCUAAAAACACCACAAUCAACUGUACUUGCUGCUUGCUUUCUAUCUCUGCAUUCAUCUUCCAAAGCAUUUUCUUUGCUUCAUUGCUGUUUUUAUUAGUGGGGGUACAAAAACAUUUUUUAUCUCCAGGAAAACCAUACUUUCUGCCUUAACUUGCCAUUGAAACGGGGAAUUUACUUCUGACGCAUCCUAACUAUAAGUGACAAUGCUUUCUCCACCUCAAUUCUUUCACCUCCUACCCAGGUUGCAAAUAUUAACUUUAUUAACUAGGAUUAACUGGAGGGAAAAUGUUUCUUUAAAGAUGAAUUUUAGGAUCACCCUCCAGAGCUGUGGGAUGAUCUUGGCCAAAAAUCUCGGCUUUCAUCUGAGAUGGGCAGGGUUUCUCUGUCCUUUCCUCCUGCCCCCCAUAUGCACUGGUCAACUCCUCUCUGAACUGUAAGUCGGGAACUUAGGACCUAUGGUAAAAAUAAGGAGAUGCUAAUGGAACUCAUUAUUUUUGUACUUGCUGGUUCAGCAUUGCCCAGCACAGGUUAACAGAACUAAAUGGGGUUUUUUGUAUUGUAGAAUUCCUCAGAGACUUGAUGGCAGUAAUAUAAAGUACAUAGCAUUUCCCACAGCCAUUUACCACUGGCAUAUCUCAGGGUACUAUUCUGUCUUAAAGACCCUGAGAAGUUGAGGAUUUAACUUAAUCCCCAAAAUCAUUCAGGUGAAUUGGGUAUUAUUCUUUCCAAUUUACAGAUGAGGAAACUAAGGCCCACUGGCGUAGUCAUUUGUGUGACACCAUAAUGUGGAUGAUCAUGAUGGGGCUCUUCGCUUCUUGUUUCCUCUUCCCCUGUCCAACCCCCUUCUAAAGUGGGGAGAGGAGCAUCUGAAAGGGCAGAGACCAGAGGUCACAGGGCACACGGUGAGUAAGGCAGAGAAAGAAAGCAAAGGAGAGCUAAUGAGAGAGGACACUGAAAGCUUUAUGUCUUAAAGUGCUUCUCUCUGCUUCCUGCUUCCUUCCUUGUCUCUUCUCCCUUAACAAGCUUUAUGUGCUGGAGAUCUGUGAACUACACAUCAAAACUGUUUGCAGCAGGCUAAAUUUUAAUUCUAAUCUUCAUUUCUCCCUAUACUCUCCUCUCUGUUACCUGCGCACAUAAUUAAAGUUUUAAACAUUUUUGUACAGGAGAUUCGAAGCUCGUUCCUCAGCAGUAAACCAUAGAAGGCUAAUGUAAAAUCAACGACAAAUUCAUUGUUUAGCUCAAAAGCUCAUGUGGGGAAAUGUAAAGUUCAUGUAAUUGGGCAGUUGUAAGGGUGGUGUCUGACAUACCUAGAAACACAUGGCUUUUGUAUAAUCCCCAAGUUUCUGGAAUUUGUGGGAUAUUUAUAUCCAGGAAACUUCCCUCAAGUAGUCCAUCUGGAAAGUAUAAAGCCUUAAAAAGUUGUCUUUUCCAUUUCUUGUUUUAAUAAAUGCAAUAGCCUUCCCAACAUGUCCCAUUGUUCGUUAUAUACUACUUUUUUAUGAACCAAAACCAGUCUCACGCUCCUCACUAAAGUAGCUCUGGGCACAAGAUGGGUCAGACAUCGCCACUUUUCUCCUUUCUUCCUUGGCCUCAUUCUCCCAGAGGAUUAAAAUGACAAGGUAAAUUUCAUCCUGGGCC